AUGAAACUUGGGGUGGCUAGACCAAAGGACUCAGCUAAAGCACUGCAGCCAUGGUCGAUGGGUCUGCAAUGCUUCUAUGAGAAUAUGAAGGGAAUCGAGGUGGAGGUUCAGCAUUCCUUUCAUCGGAGGCACGGGGCUCAGACUUUUACUUCCGCCGCCUCAACUAUAGAGGCUCAGCGGUGGCUUGAUAGGAUGGAGAGAGUUUUCUCCCAGAUGGAGCUUCCAGAGGACAGGAAAGUGAAUUUGGCAGUACAGUUCCUCGAGGAUACCGCCAGGCAUUGGUGUACUGGUGUUGUCAAUGACCCUACAAAUGCUGGCCCAAUGACCUGGGAUAUGUUUAAGGAUCAGUUCUUGAGUUUGGAGAAGAGAGAUGAUCAGUCAGUGUUGGAGUUUGAGCAAGAGUUUCUCUCCUUGGCUCACCACGUGCCUGAUUUGGUUUGUACUGAGCAGAGUAAGAUUCGUAGAUUUGUCCAGGGACUUGGAGGAAAGAUUAAGGAUAAGAUGUUAGGCACACCGUACCGGAGUUUUGGUGAGGCAGUAUCUUAUGCCAUGGACAUUGAGUCGGACUCACCUGCCGGUUUUCACCCUAGGGAUCCUGGUGGCCCUAGCCAGGGUCCAUCUAAGAAGGCUACUUCCACAUCCGGUUCUGGAUCUUCCGUGGGUAAUGGAAAGAGCAGUGGUUCCAGUUCGUGUCAGUCAGCUCAGUUUGGGCAGUACCAGACAGUGGGGUGUUUCAUGUGUGGUCAGCAGGAUCACUUCAGGAAGGACUGCCCUCUUUUGACUCAGGGAGCCAGAUCUACCCCCACUCAGACUGUUGGCCAGUCCUCUGCUGGCGGUUCUACUAGUGGUGGCCGUACUAGUUCGGUAGGCCGACCUGGUUCUCAGCAGGGCAGGGGUCAGCGAGGUUGUUCGGUGACACAUGCUAGACUGCACGCCAUGACACAGCAGGAGGGCCGUGAUUCACCGAAGAGGGAGGUGUUAAAUAUUGAGGAUAUUCCUGUGGUCAGGAAGUUUCCGGAUGUGUUUCCUGAUGAACUACCUGGUUUGCCUCCAGUAAGAGAAAUAGAUUUCACCAUUGAAUUGCUCCCUGGUACUACACCAAUAUCUCAGGCACCUUACAGAAUGGCCCCAGCAGAAUUAAAAGAGUUAAAGACUCAGUUACAGGAGUUGUUGGAUAAAGGUUUCAUUCAGCCAAGUGUAUCUCCUUGGGGUGCUCCGGUGCUUUUUGUUAAGAAGAAGGAUGGCACCUUGAGAUUAUUAAUCAAUGCUCCUGCAGCUUUUAUGGAGCUCAGGAAUCGAGUAUUCUGCCCAUACUUGGACCGUUUUGUGAUUGUGUUUAUUGAUGACAUUCUGGUUUACUCCGAGAGUGAUGAGCUUCAUAUUAAGCAUUUGAAGCUAGUGCUUCGGACUUUGAGGGAGGCUAAGCUAUAUGCCAAGUUGAGUAAGUGUGAAUUCUGGCUUAACAGCAUAGGAUUCUUGGGUCAUGUGGUGUCAGUUGAAGGUAUUAGUGUGGAUCCUCAAAAGGUGGAAGCGGUUUUGAACUGGGAAAGACCCACCACUGUGACAGAAAUUCGUAGUUUCUUGGGUUUAGCUGGUUAUUAUCGGCGGUUCGUUCAGGAUUUCUCUAGACUUGCGGCUCCUCUCACUAAAUUGACCAGGAAGGGUGCUAAAUUUUUUUGGUCAGAGGACUGUGAACAAAGUUUCCAAGAACUCAAAAGACGUUUAACUAGUGCCCCAGUUCCGGCAUUGCCUGAUGAUAGCGGGAAAAUUGAUGUCUAA